GCAGCGUCAAGGUGCAUUUUGCAUUGUUUAUCUUCUGCCUGCAUCCAUCAAAACAUUCUGAGUUCAUUGAUCGAGGCGCUGCUAUUGAUUUUCACCCCCGAAAGGAAUUGGAGUGAAAACCAAUUUGCCAUAUACGGUUACUCCAACACUGCAUCCCAUCAAGAACGGGUCUGCGAUUGGUGUGGUAUUCGGAACGAAGGAACAGAAGCAGAAAUCAACAUGCCUGCGGACAACGAUCACCAUGAACCGGAAACACCGGCGACGCAGCGGCUAACGAACGAUGAUUUCCGUAAACUACUAAUGACACCGCGUGCCCCGCCCGGAUCUGGCCAUGCAGCCGGUUCGGUACGUGAUGCCAUGUCCAAGGCAUCAUCGGCGGCCACUGCCGGCACUGCGGGAACACCGGCGUCAUCAUCGUCCGCCAUGAAACCACCGUCGUCGGAAAGGCAUGAAGCUCGACGCAAAAAGAAAAACUUUUACGCUCAGCUUAAAAAACAAGAAGACAACAAGCUGGCGGAGCUGGCCGAAAAGUAUCGUGAUCGGGCCAGAGAAAGACGCGACGGUGCCAACCCGGACUACCAGAAUCUGGAUUCUUCUAGCUCGACCAGCGCAUACCGUGCGGUAGCACCGGAUGCAAAGUCCGGUUUGAACGCAGCCGAACGGCGUCGGCAGCAGAUACAGGAGUCCAAAUUCUUGGGCGGUGACAUGGAGCAUACUCACUUGGUGAAGGGUCUCGAUUACGCGUUGCUGCAAAAAGUUCGCAGCGAAAUCAUGGCCAAAGAGCACGAGCAGGAAGAGGAGCUGGAAAAGCUCGUAGACAUUGAACCGUCGGCAGAGGUGCCGAUGGCGGCGCCAGGAUCGGCUGCAGUGCCCCAGCGAGUCGCUGGAACCAGUAGCACCGAGAAAGAACCACAGGAUGAUUUAGAGUUUCGGACUGUGCUCGGGCAAAAUAUUUAUCGCACGUUGGAGAAGCAACGCUCCAGGACGGUUGAGCGCAACGAAAUGUUUGCUCCCGGGCGAAUGGCGUACCACAUUGAGCUGGAAGAUGAAAACGUCGACUCCGACAUCCCGACGACUGUGAUACGGUCGAAGGCGGAAGUUCCGUUGGAUGUGGGCGACACACAAACGCUCACCACGAACGAUAUCGUAAUCAAUAAGCUUGCUCAAAUAUUAUCCUACCUGCGGCAGGGCGGAAGGGGCAAGAAAAACAAGCGCCGUGACAAGGACAAGCCCCUGUUUAAGCUCAGCGACGAGCCCGGAAGUAAAGGCAUGGCGGACGAUUCGAUCUACGGUGACAUUGGCGAGUACCAGCCAAACCGACGGUACGAAGAUGUGGCCGGAUCGUCCAAGCUGGAGGGAAAUACGGGCCGUCACAGCUACUUUGACAAGUACAACGACGAUGCAGCCGCCGCGCGUGAUUCCGCUGCCAUACCGCCCGUCCCAGCGCCACCGAAACUGUCGGCCCAGCUAAUCACGAAGCUUACGGCGGAACCGGAAGGUUACGCGGAAUGUUAUCCCGGGCUGCAGGAGAUGAACGACGCGAUCGACGAUUCGGACGAUGAGGUUGAUUACACGAAGAUGGAUCUCGGAAACAAGAAGGGCCCCAUCGGCCGGUGGGACUUUGACACGCAGGAAGAGUACUCGGAUUACAUGAGCAGCAAGGAGGCGCUCCCGAAGGCCGCGUUCCAGUACGGCGUCAAGAUGCAGGAUGGCCGCAAGACGCGCAAACACAAGACGGAGAAAAACGAGAAGGCAGAGCUGGACCGGGAAUGGCAACAGAUUCAAAACAUUAUUCAAAAGCGUAAGGCCAAGUCCGGAGGCGAUGAGGAUGUGGAUUUUAAGAAAUCCAAGUAUUAGCCCCACACCGAAACUAUGCAAUGUAUAAACAAAUUUUAUUCUCCUCCAUAAUACGUAUAGUCCAAUAAGUACAAUAUGAAUAACCUAUGCAAUUGUUCUGUUUGCUUGCAAAAAAAAAAAGAAAGUAGUUCCAAAGCGGAAUUCAUAACACCCUACGCGGAGUUAAAGCUACGAGAGUCGUCAGCUCGACCAAUCUGUGAGCAGGAAAAAAUAAUAAAACAUUAAGGCACGACAACGUUUUAACAGUAAUGGAAAUGAUCAGUAGUUUGGCUUUUCCAGGCACUAAAGCUAAGGCACCUAAGCAGUAUCAUGAGCUGUGCUUGCACUUUGUACAAUACUUUGUAUCGUUGUUUGUUUGUUUGUUUGUUUCUCUCUCCGUCAGCCGACAGCUUUACUGGCUGGUGGAAAUUUGAGCUCAUACAUACGAUUGAGACGAUCGUAGGCUAGUAGAAGUGGGAAGGGUUAAAAAAGUGGUACAUGAUGCCGGCGAACAUCAGCAGGAAGUAGACUGACACCGCACACCACCACAGCUUCCGCUCCCAGGUUUCCACCUUCAGAUUCCGCAACACUCCAAUACCGACCAAAAACCCGGCCAAGGCACCGCUGGCGUGGGCAAUGUAGCCCACCUUAUCGAAUGGAUCG